AUGACAAGCUUUUCGAAUAAAAUGUUUAUUGUUUCCCUAAUUUUCUCCCAUUUAAUAUUUUUCUGUUUUAUUAAUCAAAAUGAAUGUGUAACCGGAAAUGAUUUACCAAUAGAACAAGCUAGUGGACAUGGAAGGGAGCCUGAAGCAAAAUACGUGACGCUCGAUCAAGAACUUUAUUACAAAAUAAGUUGUGAACCUGUUAAAGGAUACUGUUUGAGAGUUAGUAACUGUUCUGUAACAACUGAUGCUCCUGGCCAAAAACCUUAUUUAAUUAUUGAUGGGAGAGGGUGUACAACAGAACCUUCCUUGUUUGAGCAUGUUCAAUAUGAAGACAACUUUACAGCAGGCAUUUACAACCCUUAUCCAAUCCGUUUUCGAAAUCAAAAAUCUGCUGUACAAUUUAAUUGUGAUACAAGUUUAGUAUUGCUUUCACAGGAUGGAAAGUGUCAACGUGAACGUUGUGUUUGGAAUGAAUACACAAAAGAAGCAAAUGAACAACAACAACAUACAAAAUAA